AGAAAAUGCCCGCGUUCAAGUACUCUGGCGAGUCAGCAAACGCAUAUCGCCCGUGCCAGCGAGGUUUGCCGCGUACAUGGAAACAGUGCUUGCUCACUUAAGCCCACCAGGCUCUUCGAUCCAUGUCUGAUGCGUUAUCGCACUAACGUUAAAUCCGAGAUCUCCCCACUCUGAGAAUCAAAGGUUUUUCUUGGUGGCUGUUUUGAACGGCCGAGAAUUGUCAAUCUACAAACGCACGCCUCCGCCACUACUGACCUCCCAUGAAAGAUGGUUCGCCCGUCGCUGUGAAAGCCGCCCAUCCUCCGAGCAACCUUCCGACGCUUGCCGGUUCCGGAAGAGAGACGAGACGAGAAGGCCGUCGAGGCUGAUUUACGGAGGAAUACCGUACUCCUGUCAUGUGUGCAUGAGUGCUUGAGCCCUGGGAAUAUACACCAUGUCUCGCACCAUUCCGCUAGCUCAGUACUUGUUUAGCCGCCUGCACCAGCUUGGCUGCUACUCCAUUCACGGCGUGCCCGGCGACUUCACCCUGAGAGCUCUGGACCACCUUCGUGCUUCAAAAGUCAAAUGGAUCGGCAACGCGAGUGAACUCUGUGCAGGCUAUGCGGCCGAUGGCUAUGCCCGCUCUGCAGCCAUGGCACGAAAGUCACUGUCGACCACGUCUCCCAGAGUAGGUGCUCUAUUUGUUACGUACGGCGUGGGCGAGCUUUCCGCUAUCAAUGCCUUGGCUGGUGCGUACGCAGAGAGCGUUCCCGUAGUGCAGCUCGUGGGAACGCCAAGUAGGAAGGCGUGGCGUAGUCGCCCUAUACUUCAUCAUACGAUGGCUGAUGGUAGACUGGGUGUAUACGCUGAUAUUGCCAAGCACGUUACCUGCGCACAGGCAGAUCUCUCUUGUGAUGAUGUUGAAGAGGCAAUAGAAAGAUAUGACGAGACACUUGUGCAAUGCGUGCAGAGAUCAAAGCCGGUGUAUGUCAAUGUUCCAAUUGAUAUGGUUGAAAAGCCAGUCCCUUCUAAACUACUCCAUCGACCUCUCCCACUCGAGCCUGUGCGAGACAAAGCAGUAAUGAACGAGGAAGACCGGGUUGUCCAAGACAUUUUAAAGCGAAUCAUGGCCUCCGAAAAGCCACUGAUCAUUGCGGACGGUCUGUCAUACUCGUGGGACCUGGUUGAUGAAGCGAACGAAAUCGUGCACUUGACCGGCAUACCGUCUAUGUGCUUUAGCGCGGGAAAAGGCGUGAUUGAUGAACACCAUCCUUCCUGGCUUGGCCCGCUUACCACUUCCACCGACUACAGCCGGUCCGCAGAUCUUGUUCUCCUUUUUGGGCCGCUGCUCAGCAAUACAAACACGGCAGCAUGGACUGUUGUGCCCGAUCCAGGAAUCAGCGUCUCGAUUAAUCUCGACAACGUGAAUAUUUGUGGCCAAGUCUUCUCUGUCAGAGGCAAAUAUGUCCUUCAGAAGCUUGUGGAGCGGCUAAAAGCUCAGCCGCUUGGGCAAAGAUGGAAUCUAGACAGACAUGAUCGGAAUGGAUCUUUGAGAGCUGAACGAUCGCCAUCGCCAUCGUCGCCAAUCAGCCAAGAUGCACUCUGGGAACGCAUGUCUACGUGGCUGCGUCCACACGACACAUAUCUCCUCGCAAAUGGCACUCCUCUCGUUGGGGGACGCUCAAUCGCCAUCCCUUCCCCCACUCAAGUGGUCGCUUCCGGUAUUUGGUGUUCUAUUGGUUCUAUGCUCCCAUGCGCUCAGGGAAUCGCUCUUGCCAAACGAGACCACAACAUUCCCGGCCGCUCUAUCAUUUAUGAAGGAGACGGAUCACUUCAGGUCACCUGCCAAAGCAUCUCGGAUAUCAUAAGAUACAAACUCGACGUGACAAUCGUUGUUUGCAACAACGCUGGAUAUACUUAUGAAAGGUAUUUGCAUGGGAUGCGGGAGGAGUAUAACGACGUUCCUGUUUGGAGCUAUGCCGAUGCACCGGCUUUCUUUGGAGCCAAGCCCGGUAAUGACUACCGAACCAUGAGUACAAAGGUAGAGACCUGGGGCGAGCUGAAUGAUGUUCUGGGGGACGAAAACUUCGCUGACGGCCAAGGGCUGAAGAUAAUUGACAUUGUGAUGGAUCCCGAGGACAUGCCAAGUAGUGCCAAAGCGGGUUUGAAACGGGCUUCAGAGGCUCUUCGCCUACCAUGAGAUGAAAUAUCUGGCAUCUGAGGCCGUAUAUCAUAUAUAGGAAAUGCUCCAUCAUAACAGUACUUCUGAAA